AGGAGAGGCUUUAAUAGCCGCUGUAUCCAUCCCAGAGAGCGCUUCCAUUAGAGUAGAUCUGUUCUGGCCACGUUGGAUUCAGUUUGGAGCUUUAUCAGGAUCGUGCAGGAUGUCGUGAAACACAUGGAGUAGAAAAGUCAACAUGGAAAAUUUCAGCAUGACAUGCCUGUGGAUUGUUUUGGCAUCACAUUUGAUUUUCCUACCACUGACAGGGUGGUGCAAGCCCAUCAUCUCCCCCAGUGGGCCUCAUGUAGUCGUUCCCAAGAGGGGGAGGCUGGAGCUCUAUUGCCAUGACAAUGCCACAACGUCUGGCGCCACAUCCAGGUUGAGGUGGCAGAGGGAGAACGCUCGCAGACUGGAGGGGGAAGCGGAGGAGGGCGGUGCGGCUGUUGUCAAGGUGCCCGCAGUGCUAGCCUACCACAUGGGCCGCUACGUGUGCGUCAAUAACAGCACACUGGAGAGCACGUCCAUCUACGUAUAUGUGAAAGACCCUGUCAGUGCCUUCCAGCGCACCAUGGUCAACGUCAUCCUGGUGCGUGCUGGCGAGAACUGCACCAUUCCCUGCCUGGUGACUAACCCGGACGUCACAUUGCUAGCCUUGCAAACGUGUGACGGGCGACCUUUGCCCUCCACCAUGAGUUACUGGACCCACCACGAGCAAGGCGUCAUCAUCGGCAAUGCGAGCAAGGAGUUUGAAGGCUGCUACGUGUGCGUGGGACAGCUCGGAGCAGAUAAAGUGACAUCGAACCAAUACACGGUGGACGUGCUGCUCGUUCCGGAGGUGCUUCCUGUCAUCACAUUGUCCAAGAGGGACAAGGUUAUCUUGCGAAAGGGAGAGAAGUUUGAGCUUACUUGUAGCUCCUCCAAUGUCAACCCGGACUUUAAUGUCAAGUGGGACUAUCCAUCAUCGGCGCAUCCAAAUGAAGCCCACACCUCACACAUCCUACCCGCCUCACGAGGUUAUCGACGGGCCUCCCGGCUCUCGAUAGGCUCUGUGAAGCGAACAGACUCGGGGACGUAUCGCUGCUCGGCCCAUAACGAGAGAGGUGGAAGCUCCACAGCACUCCACUUGGAUGUCCGUGAAAGGGGUUUCAUUACCAUGUUAAGCCGCCCAAGUCCCAUCCAGGCCGGCGUCCGCGAGGGGGAGAGCCUGUAUCUCAGAGUUGAUUUAGAGGCCUAUCCAUCACCCGACGUUCUGUCUUGGUCUUACAAUGACAAACAACUGCUCAACACCACAGAACACGUUAUCACUAUCCACCAACACAAAUACAGGUUCAUCAGCGAGUUAAAAUUGGUAAGGGUCCUUGGCUCGGAGGGUGGCGUAUAUAAAUUCUCAGCCAGUCAUCAAGACGCAUCCGUCGACCAUCUAUUUCACGUAUAUGUCAACAGUAAGCCUGUCAUCAUCGCGCACGAAGGGCCAGUCGAUGGUCAGGUGCGGUGUGUUGCCGCCGGUCACCCAGUUCCAAAAAUCAGCUGGUACAUCUGUGACAUUCCUCACACAAGGUGCUCACACCUACCCAAUGCCACCCAAUGGGAUACUGCGGAUGUUGCCAUGGUGACAGAGUCCACCUUUAGUAGGAGUGAGGUGGAGAGCCGACUGAACAUCAGCAAGGAGUAUGGCAACUAUCAUACGCUGGAGUGUGUGGCAUCUACAGAGCGGGAGGAAGCUUAUACGCUCUUCUCCAUCAGCGAGCGACUCAUCCCGCAUAAACUGUUCACCCCACUUCUAACUGGCAUGGUGGCCACUGGCGCGUUCCUCUGCCUCAUCCUGGUGGUGCUGCUCUAUAAGUACAUGCAGAAACCUAAAUUCCAAAUCCAGUGGAAAGUCAUCGAGAGUAUCCACGGCAACAACUACAUUUACUUUGACCCCACCCAGCUUCCCUACGACUCCAAAUGGGAGUUUCCGCGGCAGAAGCUACGCUUUGGUAAAACUCUGGGUUCUGGAGCUUUUGGAAAGGUGGUGAGGGCCACGGCGUAUGGCCUAAACUCAGCUGACACAGUCACGACUGUUGCCGUCAAGAUGCUCAAACACAAUGCUCACGCCACGGAGAAGGAGGCGCUGAUGUCGGAGCUGAAGGUUCUCAGUUACCUCGGCAACCACAUGAACAUCGUCAACCUGCUGGGAGCCUGCACGGUCGGAGGUCCAGUUUUAGUGAUCACCGAAUACUGUUGCUAUGGCGACCUUCUCAACUUCCUGCGCGGAAAAAGAGAGUCCUUCCUAAAUUCCCAGACGGGCAACGGUUACUAUCGCAACGUGUCCAAGAAAACAGAGCCUGCGAGCAGCGAAGUGACUGGUCGAGAAUAUAUGGCCAUGCGUUCCACGGACAAAGAAAGGUCCUCACAGUCAGAAGAUGCAGAUGAGCUUUCAUUGGCCGCUGAAGAUCUUUUGAGCUUCUCCUAUCAAGCGGCCAAAGGGAUGGAAUACAUCACAUCUAAGAAUUGCAUCCACAGGGACCUGGCAGCCAGAAAUGUUCUCCUGACUCAUGGUAGGGUGGCCAAGAUCUGUGACUUUGGUUUGGCGCGGGACAUCACUACCGAUUCCAGCUACGUUCUCCGUGGCAAUGCACGUCUUCCAGUCAAGUGGAUGUCUCCUGAGAGCAUUUUUGAUUGUGUCUACACAUAUGAGAGUGACGUGUGGUCCUAUGGCAUCUUGCUUUGGGAAAUCUUCUCACUGGGUAACAGUCCGUAUCCCGGGAUGCAGGUGGGAUCAACAUUUUAUCGACUGAUUCAAGAGGGCCAUAGGAUGAGCAAGCCUGAGUUUGCUCCCAUUGAGAUGUAUGACAUGAUGCUCUCAUGCUGGAAUCAGGACCCUUUAAAAAGACCCUCUUUCAGAAAACUGGUCGAGAGAACUGAGCUUCUUCUGUCAGAAAAUACCCGGAAUGUUUAUCUGAGGCUGAGCAACGCCGCAGGUCCCUCGGACAAUCAGAGGGCUCAAUCGCGGAGGCUGAGCUCCGUGUGCAGCACCACGGCCCCCAACCAACCUUUACUGCAGAGUACCGCAGACGUAUUCAUGGAUUAUGUGUGAAACACUACUCACAAGAAGAACAUCUUACAAAAAGGUUACACCUUACAUUUGAACAGGAGUCAUCUUCAGCUGCAUGUCCGCAGCGAGUCCUGCAAAAACACAUUUCACAAACAUGGCUAACAUGCUGUGCUGAAACUGCUAAAUUUUGCCACGGGAAUUCUACAUUUUUGCCAUUAUUUCAAAGAUGUUUGAGGCUUUUAUUUGGUUUCAUUAAUAAAAUCAAGAAAAACGCUUAUGUUUUAUACUAGUAAAACUACUUUUGUACUGAAUCCGACUAAAUUCUCACAGGAAUGGGCUGUAUACACGCACAUACCUGCAUGAUUUGAAUCGCAGGUGUCAAAUUCAAGGCCCCGGGUACAGAUCACGUCCAUUGUGUUUCUUAAAUUGGCCCGCGAAAACAAAUAGUUUUGUCUACUUCAUGUUUAAUGCUAAAUACAUUUGUUUGUUUUAUUCUGACAGGAAAUCUGUACAGAAAUGAGUAUUUCUUCACUUUGAAACAGAUUUUACAUUCAUGUCUUUUUAUUUUUAUUCAAUCUCUUCUCAACAUAGUGAACGGUUAGUUGGACACUUAAAGAUGUGUGCAACAAUUUUCAUAAUUCAACUUUUAAUUUCCAGCGCAAUUAUAAAAAAAUGUAAUGAUGUGCCCUUUAUAUGUUUUUCAUACCACUAGUCUUAUAUAACAAACAAUGGAUACAACCUGCACGGCUCUCAGUUAUCUCCUAUUGAUUUCUGCGGUAGGCUACAACUUUCCAAGUGCACAUGGAAAAUAAAGCCAACUAUAGCAUUAACAAACCACCCCUCGUGUACAACAGCGUCAGGUUGGGGGUGGGGGGGGGGGGGGGUUGUCAGUGAGAUGGCCCCCCUGUGAUCAGGCAUUUUGGAAACGAUUGUUGCUGACUACAGAUUUCUUUCUGUCAGACAAGGCCAUCUUUGAAUAGGCACGAGCCAGCUACUUGACAGCCAUCUUGGCUUAGCUUAGCCUCAUGACAAGACAAGAAAUGCUGAAAGCUCACUUCUUCUUUUAAUCACUAAAAGCAACUCUCUAGCUACCUUCCUGGCAUCCAAACUUGCAACACAGAGAAUUCAAAUUACCAAACAACAACAACAAAAAACACUGGCCAGUUGCUUUGGUUUCAUCCUCUAAGUGUCUUGUUAGCUACCAUAGCAUGAAAAAUGAAAAUAUAAGUGUCCAACCCUCCCCACUGCUGCAUCUGUACUAGUUUAGCAUCAAAACAAGAAACAUAAGAAGUGAAGCACUAAUGGUUGUCUGAAGCCUUCAAAUAUCUGCUUUUUGGCACUAAAUGUUCUGCUUGAUGCACCGUUGUGGUUAAUGUGCAACUUUUCCCACCAAAUCAUCAUAUCAUUGGGACAACAAUCAUCAAAUCGGCCUUAAAUAAGUCCGAGUCACUAUGUAAUGUGUCUUCACUGAGUGUCAAAGCGGCAUGUAAGCACUAACUUCUUAGAAAGACAACAAAAAGAAGAAGCUGUAUGUUACCAAUUCUUACAUGUGAGGUGUAUAUUUGACUAGUGUAACCAGACAAGUGGAAGAUCAGAUGUAUGGCCAUGAAAAAAAAUUCAGAUACCACUUUUUCUCUUCAGUUUCCUGUUCAUUUUAAAUGCCGAGUACAAGUGAAGGUACAUUUGAUUGGACCAAAAGAUUAAUGACAGCAAAAACAGCUCCUCAGAAUUAAAUUUAAAAGCUGAUCAAGCAAUUUUUGAUAAUUCUUGAUAAUAACUAAAAUCACUUCACAAGUUCUUACGUCAAUAGCUACGGCUAUUGUAUGGCCAAAAACGACUCUUUUUGGCAAUCGAUUUAUGUCCUUUGUGUCAAUUGCUACAUUUGAGUGGCACCAGACAUUAAAAUGAACAAGAAAUUGAAGAAAACAUGGCGGUCUCUUAAAAAAAAAUUUCCAUCACUGUUUGUGGAGGAGGCCUAACUUUAGUGUUCAGGACUGAGUGAUUGAUUGAUUUGUGUGUGUGUGUUCUCCAUUUGAUAUGUCAUGUGUGUAUGCAUUGGAAAUACAAUAGAGAUAUGCCUUUAGAUUUUGACUGGCUAUGUCUGAGUGUCAUGAGGGCGCACAAUCUGGUUAGGAGCCCCUGCAGUUUUGAUACAGUUUGUGGACUUGUAAUAAUAAAGAAAGUACCAGUGAUGGUAGAAGCAA